AUGGCUAAUUUAAGUGAAGCCGGUAUGUCACGUUCGAUUUUUGUAAUUGCGGCUUAUCUGAUGAAACGAUUUCGAUGGACAGCAAAAAAAGCCCUUCACCAUAUACAGCAAAUACGACCAGUGGCACAACCGAAUGAUGGCUUCCUGCAACAGCUGCAUAUAUUUGAAAGCGCAAAUUAUGAAGCAAAUAUAGAAUGCAUUAGGAGACACCCUUUGUACAGGAAGUGGCUUCUCUCAUCUUCUUCGGCUGAUACAGUAUCAGGUACGUCACAGCCUUUUUCGCUCCGUGCUUUGGCUGUGGAUGAGGAUAGAGCAGUUCAGAGAAAUGUUCAAUAUCGAUGCCGCAAGUGUCGAAGCACGUUGUUCUAUGAAGACCACAUAGUGAGACAUACGGUACUGUCGAAAAACGAGGAGGAGCAAAAGGCUACAUGUAGCUUUGGCUAUCUACUCUUGCCAAUGAAAUGGAUGAGCCUGGAAGAAUAUCAGGGCAAGGUGUGA